CUAGUGAGCGCUGCACGCCUUGAGUACGCAAGCUAGUGUUAGCUAGCUAAAGUUAGCAGAAUUUUUAUCCGGAACAGUCGUCUUUUCUGUGAAGAAAUGAAGACAUUAAACGGACAAACUGAUGUCAUAUUUGAGGACGACGAUCUACCUUAUGAAGAGGAGAUCAUUAGGAAUCCAUAUUCAGUCAAGUGCUGGAUGCGUUACAUCGAAUUCAAACAGAAUGGACCCAAAUAUACCCUCAAUAUGAUAUACGAGCGGGCUCUGAAAGAACUACCUGGCAGCUAUAAGCUGUGGUACAAUUAUCUGAGAGAGAGGCGAAAGCAAGUUAAAGGGAAAUGUAUCACUGAACCAGCCUAUGAGGAAGUCAAUAAUUGUCAUGAAAGGGCACUAGUGUUCAUGCACAAGAUGCCUAGAAUAUGGCUGGAUUACUGCCAGUUCCUCGUGUCUCAGUGCAAAAUCACAAGAAGUCGUAGAACAUUUGACCGUGCACUUCGAGCUCUUCCUGUAACUCAGCAUCCACGCAUCUGGCCUCUGUAUCUCCGCUUUGUCCGUAACUUGCCCUUGCCUGAGACAGCCAUCCGAGUGUACCGCAGGUACCUUAAGCUUUCUCCAGAGAAUGCAGAGGAAUACAUAGACUACUUGCGUACUAUUGGCCGCUUGGAUGAAGCUGCGGUGCGCCUUGCAGCUGUUGUCAAUGAUGAAAACUUUGUGUCCAAAGAGGGAAAGUCUAACUAUCAACUCUGGCAUGAGCUGUGUGAUCUGAUCUCCCAGAAUCCUGACAAGGUGACCUCUCUGAAUGUAGGAGCCAUCAUCCGAGGAGGCCUCACUCGCUUCACAGACCAACUUGGAAAACUUUGGUGCUCCUUAGCUGACUAUUACAUCAGGAGCGGCCACUUUGAGAAAGCACGUGAUGUGUAUGAGGAGGCCAUCCUUACAGUAGUCACUGUAAGAGAUUUCACACAAGUGUUUGACAGUUAUGCACAGUUUGAGGAGAGUAUGAUCGCCGCUAAGAUGGAGACUACGGCUGAGAUAGGGCAGGAUGAAGAUGAUGACAUAGACCUGGAGCUAAGACUGGCCCGCUUUGAGCAGCUCAUAGCCCGGCGGCCCCUCUUGUUGAACAGUGUACUCCUGAGGCAGAACCCUCAUAAUGUCCAUGAGUGGCACAAGCGGGUAAAAUUAUAUGAGGGAAAUCCACGACAGAUCAUCAACACAUACACUGAGGCAGUACAGACUAUUGAUCCAAUGAAGGCCACAGGGAAACCUCACUCUCUCUGGGUUUCUUUUGCUAAAUUCUAUGAGGAAAAUGAGCAGCUGGAUGAUGCCAGGACGAUCUUUGAGAAGGCUACCAAGGUGAACUACAAGCAGGUGGAUGACCUCGCUGCUGUGUGGUGUGAAUAUGGAGAGAUGGAGCUCCGUCAUGAGAACUAUGAACAGGCACUACGCAUACUGAGGAAAGCAACAGCAAUCCCAUCCAAGAAAGCAGAGUACUUCGAUGCUUCUGAGCCAGUCCAAAACAGAGUCUACAAAUCCUUGAAGGUCUGGUCUAUGCUGGCAGACAUGGAGGAAAGUCUUGGCACUUUCCAGUCUACGAAAGCAGUUUAUGACCGCAUUAUUGAUCUCAGAAUCGCCACUCCACAGAUCAUCAUCAAUUAUGCCAUGUUCCUUGAAGAGCACAACUACUUUGAGGACAGCUUUAAGGCAUAUGAGCGGGGUAUCGCUCUCUUCAAGUGGCCAAAUGUUUAUGACAUUUGGAACACUUACCUCACCAAGUUCAUUGAUCGGUAUGGGGGCAAGAAGUUGGAAAGGGCCAGAGAUUUAUUCGAACAGGCCCUGGAUGGCUGCCCAGCCAAAUUUGCUAAGACUAUUUAUCUAUUGUAUGCCAAAUUGGAGGAGGAGUAUGGAUUGGCACGACAUGCCAUGGCUGUUUAUGAAAGAGCAACACAGGCAGUAGAAACUGAGGAGAGACAUCUCAUGUUUAAUAUCUACAUCAAGAGAGCAGCUGAAAUUUAUGGCGUUACAUACACCAGAGCAAUCUACCAGAAGGCUAUUGAGAUCCUUCCUGAUGAGCAUGCAAGGGACAUGUGCCUGCGUUUUGCUGACAUGGAGAGUAAACUUGGUGAGAUCGAUCGGGCGAGAGCAAUCUACUCCUACUGCUCCCAGAUCUGUGACCCAAGGGUGACGGCUAAUUUCUGGCAAACCUGGAAAGAAUUUGAGAUCCGCCAUGGAAACGAGGACACCAUUAGAGAGAUGUUGAGGAUCAAACGAAGUGUCCAGGCUACAUACAACACACAGGUCAACUUUAUGUCCUCUCAGAUGCUGAAGGCCACAACAAGCUCCACAGGCACUGUGUCAGAUCUUGCUCCAGGUCAGAUGGGUAUUGAUGAUAUGAAGAUGUUGGAACAGAAAGCACAGCAGCUUGCUGCAGAAGCAGAGCAGGACAAGCCUAAGCCCAAAGAGAAGAUUCUCUUUGUCAGGAGUGACACCUCUCGCAGUGAGCUGGCAGAACUUGCCAAACAAGCCAAUCCCGAUGAAAUAGACAUUGACGAUGAUGAAGACGAUGAAGACCAAGGACCUGAUGAGGUGCAGCUUGAACAGAAGAGCGUCCCUACAGCUGUUUUUGGAGGACUUAAAGAUGACUGAACAAUAAUUUCCUCAAAUUUGUCAUUUUGAGUUCUGAUCCAUGUUAUAGUCAUUCAACAGAAUCAAUCAUAAAUGUUUAGUUUUAUUCACUUGUAUUUAGUG